AUGGAAAACAUAGGAAAUCAGCCUCUAAGGCAACAUCAGCCAAACCAGAAUUACAUACAAUUAGGGCCCGAUGGGAGACUUGCUUACACACCACUUAUGCCUGGGGCUCCAAUCCCUCAGCCAAGCCAAGUUCAAGGGCAUGUUCAGCUCCCAGCCAUGUCUAUCCCAAAUACAGCAGGCUUACAUCAGGUGAAAGCCAGCCGUGACCGUUGGGCAAAUCGAGUCAUUUGUGCAUCAAUUUUCAUGAUGAUGGUCUCUUUUCUUCACAUUUCAUUUUUAAUUUUCAAAUUAUUCAAUUUAGAUCAGGAGCCUAAAAUACCACCUCAAAUGCUUGUUUUGAAAGCAUUCAUCAUAUCCACGAUGCUUUUUGUUGCAUGGCUUGGCAUCAGAGCUGGCAGGUUGAAGAGCAGCAAACAUGCGAAACUCUAUUUUAAAGCUUUAGUAUUACUCAUUCUUGUAAUGGUAGUCUGUAUUGGAAUUUCAAUAGCUCUUGUACAUACGGGGAAAGUUAGAGGAAAUUAUGGUGAAGGUAAAGAAAGAAAAAGAUAUGGCCAUUGGAAAGAAAUUAAAGGGGGAAAACAUGGCCACUAUGACAAAAAAGAUCAUGGGAAAUGGAGCCCUAACGACCUGCCUGCAGAGGAGCCAGAAGAGUUAAAUCCGAGUUUACUUCAAAACGAGGAUUAUUCGUUCACAGCUAAUGAAGAAAGCCAGCCAGAUAAGCCAGUUGCAGGAGUUUCAUUUGUCUCUCCUGAAGAUUUCUUUGAAGCUCGACCAAAGGAUUACUGGCAUGAUGCAAAUGUGGAAGAAAAUAAGCUGAACCUUGAUGGAUUUUAUGACUUCGAUAACAUGGAUAAUUUUGAUGAUGCCGAUAACAAUGAUGAUAUUGACGAUAUUGAUGAUGUUGAUGAUUAUGAUGAUAUUGAUGAGGAUUCCAAUGAGUUUGAAUCAAGGGUUCAAGGCCAUGGCAAACAUAAUCAUAAAGGUAGCAAAAAUCAUAAGAAGCACAAGCACCACCACGAGGGCAAGCACUUCAGAAAGCACGGGUUUGUUGGAGGGAUGAUUGCUCUUACAAUAGUAUUUUCAGUUAUCGGAUCCUUCCUAUUCUGCGCGAGAAAGCUAUACCGCACAUCAAGAGAGUACGAAGCCUUAGCAUACAGCUCUUUGCCAGAUCCCCAGAACUACGUGCAAAUGUAUGCAGCCCAGCCCUAUGGUGCUGUUCCAGCAAAUAAUGUUGGUUACUAUCCUCAUUUAGCACCUGUCGGAUCAGUUGUGCAAUAA